AUUUCCACGUCUUCUCUUCUUCUUCUUUUUUCUCUCUCUUAUGUGUAUAUGUACAACAUAAUGGACAAAAAACCAUGCAACUCAACAUCAUCUCAUGAUCCUGAAGUGAGAAAGGGACCAUGGACCAUGGAAGAAGAUUUGAUCUUGAUCAACUAUAUUGCAAAUCAUGGUGAAGGUGUUUGGAAUUCUCUAGCCAAAGCUUCUGGUCUUAAACGAACUGGAAAAAGUUGUCGACUUCGUUGGCUAAACUACCUUCGUCCUGAUGUUAGAAGAGGGAACAUUACAACAGAAGAACAGCUUUUGAUCUUUGAGCUUCAUUCAAAGUGGGGUAAUAGGUGGUCCAAAAUUGCAAAGCAUCUUCCAGGAAGAACUGACAAUGAGAUUAAGAACUUUUGGAGAACCAGAAUCCAGAAGCACAUGAAGCAAGCUGAGAAUUCACAGCAACAGGGUAAUAACAGUAACAUUUCAGAGACAAAUGAUCAUCAUCAUCAUCACCAUCAACAUCAUCAUCAUCAUCAAGCAAGCUCUAGCACAAGCCUAGCAUCCAACAUGGCACUGCAAAUUGAGUCUUACUCCACACCCUCAUAUCAAGAAACUUUGGAGCCAUUUCCAUCACAGUUUCCUCCAAUCACUGAUCAAUCAAGUUCAUGUACCAAUCACAACAUCAACGGCAACACCAACUAUUGGAACAUAGAGGAUUUGUGGUCUAUUCACUUGCUCAAUGGGGAUUGAAUAACCUACAUGCAUGCAUACAUAAAUCAUAUAUUUAUAUAUAUAUAUAUAUAUAUGAUAUAUGAUAUAUAUAUAUAUAUAUAUAUCUAUAUUUAUAUAUAUACCUAAGUUGUUAUUGUGUCAUCAGGCUUAACUAAUAACAUCAUUAGGCAAGUUUAUGUGGUGUUACCAUGCAUUUGAUGUGAGUCAAGGAUUAAGUUACUUAUGGAUUGGAGUAUAUUUAUAUAUGUAGGAACUUUUAUGUAUAUGUGCAUUAUUGUAUGAUUAUCGUAAAUAAUAUGGUAGGUGUACCAUAUAAGAUAUGUUUGAGGUUUACAAA